AGUAACCCACACUCCUUUUGCUAGCUAACUUGAUGCUAAAGGUGUAAACCCGUGAACACAAACUUCUCCAGUGAAGUACCGUCUCAAGUCAAUGACCCCGAUUGUGUGAGGGCGGUUACACUUCUAAACGUCCGCGCGAGGCUCGCCAGACACCGGGCAGCUCGGUUCAUCGACCCGCUCCCAUUUCUUUACAGUCACUGCGGAUGCUAGCUUCGGCUAGCCGGAAGCUAACGUCUCCGUAGCUACGAAAGUCGCCACACAAGCAGGAGGACGAACCGCGCUGACAGAAGUCCCGACGAUUCUUGUGUGUUUGUUAUUCAGUGUAUUCCCGCCCCCCCGCUGGUGCUCCGCCAGGGCGGUGAGUGAUGUGGAAAGUAACUUUUCAGGCGUUAGGUGUUUUGCUGGUGGCCUGGUUCUUCGGGAACUUUGUUCUCGGUUGGUUUCACCAAAACGACGUAAAGCCCCGAACGCAGCACAGCCCGGACCCGAGCCGAGCCCCGGACCCGAGCCGAACCCCGGAGAGCCCGAGCCGAGUCCCGAACCCGAGCCGAGCCCCGGAGAGCCCGGACCCGAGCCGAACCCCGGAGAGCCCGGACCAGAGCUGUUUCUGCCAUCUGACGGGCGUCCUGGACGACUGCUUCUGCGACGUGGAAAGCAUCGACGUGUUCAACAACUUCAAGCUUUACCCUCGCAUCAAGAGGCUGACGGAGAAAGACUACUUCAGGUACUACAGGGUGAACCUGAAGCGACCGUGUCCCUUCUGGCCCGAUGAUGGACAUUGUUCCAUCAAAGACUGUCAUGUGGAACCCUGUCCAGAGAGUAAGAUCCCAGUGGGCAUCAAGUCGGGGAACUACAACAAGUACUCUCCUGCGGCCGACCCGGCCCCGGACGCGGCGGAGUGCGAGCAGGUCAAAGAGCUGGGCGCCAUCAACAGCACCCUGAGUAACCGGAGUAAACAGGCGUUCGCUGACUGGGCGAGACACGACGACGCGCAGGACCACUUCUGUGAGCUGGAUGAUGAAACCUCUCCAGAUUCUGAGUACGUGGAUCUGCUGCUGAAUCCGGAGCGGUUCACUGGCUACAAAGGUCCUUCAGCCUGGAGAGUGUGGAACAGCAUCUACGAGGAAAACUGCUUCAAGCCCAGAUCGGUGUACCGACCUUUGAACCCUCUGGUUCCGAGCAGAGGAGACGACGACGGAGAGAGCUUCUACACGUGGCUGGAAGGCCUUUGUUUAGAGAAGAGAGUUUUCUACCGACUCAUCUCGGGCCUCCACAGCAGCAUCAACAUCCACCUGUGUGCCCAGUACCUGCUGGACGAGGGCUGGGACCGCUCCGUGUGGGGUCCCAACGUCCAGGAGUUCCGGCAGCGCUUCGAGACGGCGAAGACGAAGGGCGAGGGCACGCGGCGCCUGAAGAACCUCUACUUCCUGUACCUGAUCGAGCUGCGCGCGCUCUACAAGGUGGCGCCGUACUUCGAGCGAGCCUUCGUCAACCUGUACACGGGGAACCUGCAGGAGGACGCAGCCACCAAGGAGCUGCUGCUGCAGGUCUUCAGCGAGAUCAGAGCUUUCCCGAUGCACUUUGACGAGAAGUCCAUGUUCGCCGGACACAAAAUCGAAGCCAAAAUAUUAAAGGAGGAGUUCCGCCUGCACUCUAAAAACAUAUCCAGGAUCAUGGACUGCGUCUUCUGCAGUAAAUGUCGCCUGUGUGGAAAGUUGCACACUCAGGGCCUCGGCACGGCUCUGAAGAUCCUCUUCUCCGAGAAGGAGAUCCAGAACCUCCCCGAGCACAGCCCCUCUCAGGGCUUCCAGCUGACCCGGCAGGAGAUCGUGGCCCUGCUGAACGGCUUCGCCAGGUUGUCCACCAGCAUACAUCAGCUCCACGUCUUCCGCCUGAUGCUGAAGGACAACAGGUAACCUGGCCAGGAGAGGAGCCCCUCCCCCCCCCCCAUCCGG